AUGGCUAUUGGGACCAAAUUCUUCUUUGACAUGUUGAACAAUGAGACCUUGACCCCUAUGGUGAUCUUGUUCGGCGACGCCUGUUCACAGGUGACGGCACCCCUGGCCGAAACAGCCAAAUUUUGGAAAAUGUUGCAGAUCUCAUAUGCUGAUACGAAUCCGGUCCUCUCCGACAACGCCGCCUAUCCAAACUUUUUCCGGACAAUUCCCAGUGACACCGAUUUUAACUCUGCCCGAAUUCAACUGCUGAGGAAAUUUAGGUGGAAAAAAGUGGCAACACUGUUUCAGGAGGCAUCCGGAGGGACGUCAAGAUACUCAUACGCACACAACCAUCUUAUCAGAGGUUUAGAUAGCGCAGAUGUUCAAAUCGUCAAAUCGGAAAGCUUCAGUACCGACCCCACUGUGGCGGUGAGAAGUCUUAAGGACAGCGGCGCCAGAAUUUUCCUAGGUAAUUUCGCCGAAGUCAUGGCUUGGAAGGUUUUUUGUGCGGCCUACAAAGAGGGCUUGUACGGGCCCAAAUACGUCUGGAUAGUGCUGGCAGGGUUUACAUCCAGAUGGUGGAUGGAUCCCCCCGAGGACACCGAGGACAUCGACUGUUCGCCAGAGGAGCUUCAGGAGGCCUUUACCUAUGCCUUCGGUACAGACAUUCCAGAGCUGACAAGCGGCCAAGGCGAUACUGUGGCUGGAUUGAAACCAGAGGAGUAUUUAACCGAAUACAACAAGGCCCGCAAUACGACCUACGCUCGCUUUCAUGGUUACGCAUAUGACGGUGUUUGGGCCAUUGCUCUUGCAGUACAAAAGCUGUUGCGGGUGUACAAAGGCAGUCUUCCUCUACCGAAAGAUAACCCAACCCCUUUUAUGUCAGAGUUGUUCGAACUCAUGAUGAACACCACGUCGUUUAAGGGUGUAACGGGGAUGGUCCAAUUUAGGCAAGGAGAGAGACUUGGAGAAAUCCGAAUUGAACAAUAUCAAGGUGGAGAAGAUAUGAUCAACGUCGGUUAUUUCAACAUGUCGUCGGAUCGGCUCAUUUUCCGCCCAGACACCAUAGCCUGGUCAGGACUCACUGCUAUUCAUACAAUUUUCUUAACUUUUCAGGGGAUGGUCCAAUUUAGGCAAGGAGAGAGACUUGGAGAAAUCCGAAUUGAACAAUAUCAAGGUGGAGAAGAUAUGAUCAACGUCGGUUAUUUCAACAUGUCGUCGGAUCGGCUCAUUUUCCGCCCAGACACCAUAGCCUGGUCAGGAAGCGGUCCGCCAAGAGAUAGCAGUAAACAGAUAUAUGAGACACAGAGCGUAGAUAUCAGAAUCUAUAUUGUGUUAGAGGUGCUAGCUUCAUUGGGACAGAUCAUGGCCAUUGCGUUCUUAGUCAUAAACGUCAAAUACCGACACCAUAGAUACAUUAAAAUGUCCAGUCCGAAUAUGAACAACGUAAUCGUGAUAGGUUGUAUAUUGACGUAUUCUGCCGUGCCCAUGCUGGGAUUGGACGGCAGUUUAACGUCGCCAGAACGCUUGCCGUAUAUAUGCGUGGGUCGCUGCUGGAGUUUAUCCAUCGGAUUCACGCUCUCAUUUGGUGCUUUAUUUAGCAAGACAUGGCGCGUACAUGCCAUAUUUACCAACGUGAAGUUAAACAGAAAGGUAAUCAAGGACUACAAACUGAUUCUUAUUGUAUUGGGACUGCUUGUGUUUGAUCUGAUCAUACUCAUUACAUGGCAGAUAGUCGACCCUAUGCAGAAACAGACCAAACACCUACCGGCCGUGGAGCGUGGUAUAGACAUGGAAAUUAUACCACAGGUGGAUUAUUGUUUCAGCACGCACAUGACAAUUUGGCUUUCCAUUCUUUAUGCGUACAAGGGCGUUUUAUUAAUAUUUGGCUGUUUUCUUGCCUGGGAGACCCGUCACGUCAGCAUUCCUGCACUGAACGACUCCAAGUAUAUCGGUAUGAGCGUAUACAACGUGGUAGUGCUGUGCGUGUGUGGUGUAGCCAUAUCCUUCGUAGUCAGAGACAACCAGGACGCUAGUUUCCUGAUAACUGGAUUGUCUAUCAUAUUAUGUACCACUAUAACACAGUGCUUGGUGUUUGUUCCAAAGAUAAUUGAACUAAAGAAGAAUCCCAAAGGCACUGGGAAGAAAAUCCGUGCCACCUUGAGUAAACAAAAGCAUGUAGAUCAUCACACAGACCUUAAAAACAAGAUUGAUAAGCUAGCGGACGAGAACAGAUGGUGCAGAGAAGUAGUUCUUGCCAAAGAUGAGGUGAUUCAACAACUUUUGGAUAAAAUAGCCGAGUAUGACAGGCUGAUCAUGUCAGGCAUCCCAAGUGAUGAUAUCUUCCCGCCUUACGAAUCAUCAAAUUGCAACCAAAUAGAGGAGUUUCCUUCAACCCACCAGGUGGAUCCACCGUAUGAGAAUGGACGGCAAAACUCUGAGCAAAGGAAGUCAAAACUAGCAUUCAACAGGUCAUUUUCCGAGACGUCUACUUGUGACAGCAUGGCACCACUUAUACACAGUUCGCCAGCUCGCCAUGUGAAGUGGCAGGAAGAACACCGAGGGAAUAAAAGCAAAGGUCGCAUUCCUAACGGCAAGUUAACCAAGGAGAAGCGAAGGCCACUUUUAUUUAAAAACAGGCAUGCUGAAUUUAAAAAUGACCUAGACCCUAUUGUAGCAUCUCCACCCACUAAUCCCAAGUUUUCGCGACUGGAGGAGAUGGACUUUUUGAAAGAGACGGAUAUUAUAUCCUCCGACCAGGGAUCAUCAGAUGAUGAAAGCUGAGAUUUCCAAACAAGAUGUAGGCCUACACAUGGACAUUUUGGCUUCACCAGUUCUAAAAAAUAUAUAAUUCUGCAACAUCUACGAGAUCAGGGAGCGUACCAGUACAGUCAGAAGACAUCUCUUGCCAA